AUGGCGUCAGCGAUGCAGGCUGCUGGUGCCCCGCAAUCUACGAACCCCAAAGAGAACAUGGGUGUCGGUGGUGUAGUGUCGCUUCGUUCGAGAUCAAAGUCCCGGGAACGAAAAGGCUCCUUCGACCUCGGCAAGCUUGGGGAAAUUGAGGACGCAAAAGACGAAGAUGCGGGACUGAGGAACCAUAAUGAUUUUAAGCAAAAGCAGAACUUUAGCCUCGCGCAGGUGUUCAUGCUGGCCUACCAGUCUAUCGGAACAAUCUAUGGUGACAUUGGUACCUCUCCGCUUUAUGUGUAUUCGUCGACAUUUACUGCGCCUCCAGAUCGCCCGGAUCUACUUGGGGCGUUAUCGCUAAUUAUCUGGGCGAUCACCUUGAUGGUGACAGUGAAGUAUGUGUUGGUUAUUUUGCGCGCCGACAAUGACGGCGAAGGCGGUACAUUCAGUACCUAUUCUUUACUCUCUCGAUAUGCGCAUAUAGCGAAUCGUGACCCACGCGAAGCUACAAUGAUUCGAAUGGAACGAUAUCUGACGCAGGAUCUGAAUCGGUCCACCAAGACUAUUCGCUCAACCAUUGAGAAGACAAAGUUCUUCCGAGGUCUGCUGAAGACGAUCGGUGUACUAAGCGUUUCUAUGGUCAUGGCAGAUGGUGUCCUGACCCCUGCCCAGUCCGUACUAGGCGCUGUACAAGGUCUCAAUGUUGUCAAGCCUGACAUUUCCAAGUCCACUGUUGUUGGCGUAACCUGUGCCAUUCUGGUUUUGCUUUUCUUACUGCAGCCACUAGGCAUUUCAAAGAUUACUGUUGUCUUCUCUCCCAUAGUUGUAAUAUGGCUUGCUUUAAAUGCUGGGUUCGGAAUCUACAACUUGGCCCGGUACGAUCAUGCUAUUCUAAAGGCGUUCAAUCCGUACUAUGCGUUCGACUAUCUGAUACGCAACAAAUACAACGGAUGGCACAGUCUUGGUGGUAUCCUUCUUGCAUUUACAGGUGUCGAGGCACUCUUCGCGGAUAUUGGUGCCUUUAGUCGGCAGUCAGUGCAAAUCAGCUGGCUUGGAUAUGCCUACCCUUGCCUCCUCCUUGCCUAUACGGGCCAAGCAGCCUAUAUCAGCGUUCAUCCAGAAGCCUAUUCCAAUCCGUUUUACAAUUGCGCACCAAAAGGCUGGUUGAUUCCCUCUCUAGUCAUCGCAAUUGCAGCAGCAAUUGUUGCAUCGCAGGCAAUGAUUACCGCGACCUUUCAGCUCCUCACACAAAUCAUGAAGCUCUCAUACUUCCCACAGAUCCGUGUAAUUCAUACCUCGCCUACGUACCACGGUCAACUGUAUGUGCCAGCGGCUAAUUGGCUCCUCAUGAUUGGCACUGUCAUAAUCGCCGCCGUUUACAAUAACACGACUUCCCUUGGUAAUGCCUAUGGCGUUUGCGUCAUGUUCGUCACAUUCUUCGACACCUGCAUGGUAACGCUCGUCGCAAUCCUUAUAUGGCGUAUCAAACCAUAUUUCGUCCUCAUCCCAUGGCUAACAGUGGCAUGUAUGGAUGGCGCUUUUCUUUCAUCAGCGCUCAUCAAAGUCCCGGAUGGUGCUUGGUUCACCCUCUUACUCGCUACACUGCUUGCCUGUAUGUUUAUUCUCUGGAGAUUCGGGAAGGAGCAACAAUGGUUCGCUGAGGCGGAAGAUCGCUAUCCCACAACCCAUUUCGUCAAGACAUGCGAAGACGGACGUAUUCAGCUUACUGAGAGAUUUGGUGGUAAGACGAUCAGCUCUAUCGAAGGAUUCGCCAUCUUUUUCGACAAGGCUGGCGAGACUACACCAAUUGUCUUUAGUCAAUUUGUUCGCAAACUAGUUACGAUGCCAGAAGUCAUCGUCUUUUUUCACCUCCGUCCCCUCGAAGUACCUUCUGUGGCCUACGAGGAUCGCUACCAUGUCUCCCGCCUCGCCAUCCCCAAUUGUUAUCGUCUCGUUGUCCGCCACGGUUACAUGGAUGAAGUUAUUACUCCAGACCUUGGCUCGCUGGUCUAUGACAAAGUCCGUGACUAUAUAUUGUCCCACGCCUUGGACCGUGAAGGCGAGGAGAAAGGUGCACCAAAAACCACGGGUAACGACCUUGGCAAUGGGAACGAUCCGAAUACACUUAAUCUCAAAGUUUCAGUCAAUGAAACAAAUGGAUCGGCUACGACUUCAUCCCGCCCAAGCGCGAGGCAGGCGCCUAUGUCGACUUUGAAUGCAUCAAGCACUACAGCUAGACUUACGGCCCUCGAGCGCGCUUUCAACCAUGAAAUCUUGUACAUUAUUGGCAAGGAACAGAUGAAGGUUAAGAGCAAUACCAGCUUCAUCCGCAAGGUUUUGUUGUACAUCUUCCUGUUUGUUCGGGAAAACACUCGAAACAAGAUUGCUUCCUUGGACGUUGACCGCGACCGCAUCAUCGAGGUUGGUUUUGUCAAGAACGUAUGA